ACUCAACAAAAAAAAAACCUACCUCACGUUAUACUCUUUUAGAUUCCCUCUGAAACCAUGGCGGGUGGAUACGGACCUCCGAUCUAUCCUCCUGCACAAACCUACCACAGCCAUGGCCGACGCCGCGGCGGCGAAGUAGGUUGCAGCAUCUGUCGCUGCUUCUUAAACUGCCUCGGUUGCUGCGGCGGUUGCAUCUUAAGCAUCGUCUGCAACAUCCUCAUCGGUAUAGCUGUUUGCCUCGGAGUCGUCGCUUUGAUCCUCUGGUUCAUACUCCGACCCAACGUCGUGAAGUUCCAAGUCACGGAAGCUAAUUUAACGAGAUUCGAUCUCAAACCACAGAGCAAUAGACUACAUUACAACCUCUCGUUGAGUUUCUCGGUUCGUAACCCUAAUCAACGUCUCGGGAUACAUUACGAUCGGUUAGAGGCGAGGGGUUAUUACGGUGACCAGCGUUUCGCUGAGGUGGAUAUGAAGUCGUUUUAUCAGGGACGUAAGAGUACGACGGAGUUUGGGACGGAGUUGAACGGAGAGAGUUUGGUUUUGCUGGGUUCCGGUGGCCGGAAGGAUCUCAGGGAGGAUAGGAAGUCUGGGGUUUACAGGAUCGACGUGAAGCUGAGGUUUAAGAUCAGGUUUAAGUUUGGGUUUUUGAACUCGUGGGCUUUUAAGCCCAAGAUUAAGUGUCAUCUCAAGGUUCCUUUGAGUUCCUCUGGGUCUGCCGGAGGGUUGCAGUUUCAUCCUACCAAGUGCCACGUGGACCUCUAAAACAAUUUCACAAUUUGUUUUUCUACUUGUUUUUUUUCUUCAUUUGCUUGUUUUUUUUUCCUUUUGCUAUUACUAAUCAACUUUUUAUUUUGUCGAUAAAAUUACUUUUACUUGCUUUGAUAGUUUGAUUUGUAUUUAUUUGGCUUUGUCCUUUGCUUACUUCAUAUGUAUCAAGAUAUCUCAAACAGUCUUGGGUUAGUAUCUUGGUUUUAUAUCUUCCAACGAGUACUUCCUUGAUUUCAUUGUUUUCCUUUUAUAGUCCUUGUUAUAUUCACUAGAAAGUAGAAACAUUGUCAGUACUUAGACACAUUGUAUUGGGAAAUUAUCUCAGACUUUCCAAACCAUAAGUUGAAAACGUCUAUCAUCAUGUGAACUACUAUGUCAUUGGUGUUAGCUCAGACAAACCAACUCCAAAAGGAAUCUUUUUAGAAGUUAGUCAAAAGAAACAUCAAUGUCAUUUGUAUCAGGUUGAUGCGAUAUCCUGGAUAAAGUUACUAAUUACAUAUUUAAUAUCUAUAAGAAAGCGAAUCCUAUGACAAAGUAGACUCUAUGUACAAACUUAUGGUUUAAGUUAUUAACUCCACUUUGAAAAAGCCGAACUCGAAAACUCUCUCUCUCUAAAAAAAUUAAUUACUCCUCUUUCUCUCUAAACUUAAUUCGAAAACCCUAGGUGUACCCUGCUCCGGCGGCCGCCUCCGCAGUCCUUUUGCGGUCGCCGGAGCCCCUUUCUCCUUUACAAGCUUUUCCCUUCUGUAUCUCUUGUGUCUCUUCGUACCUUUCUUUCUGUGCGGCGGAGGUGAAACUCGUUGGGUUCUUUUUUGUUUCAGAUCCGGCGGUACCGGCAUAGAUCUAGGGCUCUUGCGGCUUGAUGGUGUUGCUAGAGGACGGUUUCUGCCUCUUGCCGUGAUUUUUCUCCAGUUUACUAUGGUGUCUCUGUUCGGUGAUUUUGCGGAUCUCGGCGAGUUUUCUCGAGUAGGUGGUGCGUGAAGCGUCGGGAGGCUUUCUAAGUCUCAGAUCCGGGUUGUAACCAACACGGGUCACUUUCCUAGGCUAUGUUCCACCGGUGGUCUUCGGUGGUAGCGCGUGAAGUCGUCAACGGAUGGGUUUUACCCUUUCUGCGGUGGUUCCGGUGGCAGCGCAUGACAGUGAGUUGCUUGUAGUCACGUCUGUCGGGAUGUGUGCUGGUGGUCGCUCGCCUCAGAGUUGUGGGUUCCGACGAGGUGGCGUUCUCCGUCGCCUACUGUCUCCUUUGGGUUUUUUUUUCCAGCGAUCUUCUCUCUGCGGGUGAGGCGAUGUGGUUGGUGUGAAGGAAGCUCAUUUCCAGUUAGGCAAUCAGUCUUAUCUCUCUCUCGCUUGAGGUUGCUCCGGAGGUGGUGGUGCUAUCCGGUCCGCUUGCUCUAUAUAGGCUCUCGGUUCAAUGGGUGUAUACGGUCCCGGUGACAAGGUUAGGAGGCGGCAAUCUCCGAGUCUUUAACCGCACGACGGCAUCGUCGGGUGGCCCUGCUAUCUCGUGCCGCCGGAGUAUGUCGACUUUGAGUUGGUUUGUAAGUCAGUGUUUGUAAUUCUUGGAGUGGUUUGUGUUCGUCGGUUUCUCGGAAGCUGUAGGUAACGCUGCAAUCAAGGUUUGAGCCGCCUUUCUCUCGGUGCUCGUGGCAACCGUUUUGUCUGUCAGGUCCUUUCCUUCUCCCUGGUUCGAACCCGCUUCGUUGGCUACUGACUUCUUUCUUUCAACUAUGGAUCCUUGCUUAGAGUGUUAGUAUUGCUGUAAAUUGCCUUGUUGUGUUUAGUUUCAAUUAUGCAUCUCUGCUACUAGUUUUCUUUGUAAUAUCUGUCAAAAACUUGAAAAUUGGUAUAAUAAUUUAACAUUUUACAAAAAAAAAAAAAAAAAACUCCACUUAGAAGAAA